AUGACCGACCUAGGCAAACUGAACUACUUUCUCGGGUUGGAAUUUAUUGAAACAGUGAGUGGAGUUGUUUUGCAUCAAGGAAGGUAUAUCAAUGAAGUUUUGAAGCGUUUUAAUAUGAAAGACUACAACAAUGUACCAACUCCUGUCAUUGCAAACUUGAAGCUAGCGGAACAACUUGAUGAAGAGCGUGUGGAUGCCUCAUUGUGCAACAGCAAGCCUGAUAUAAGCUAUGGUGUUGGUUUGUUGAGUAGGUUCAUGAAUGAACCUAGGACGUCACACAUGAUAGCUGCUAAACACAUCUUGAGAUACUUGAAGGGGACAACUGAUUUUGGUCUUCUGUUUCCAAAAGUAUCAAGAAGCAUGGAGGAUAUCUUGGAGGUCUGGAGUGACUCGGAUUGGAGUGGAGAUAGAGUUGAUAGAAGAAACACUUUUGGUUACUUCAUUCAAUAUGAAGGAGCACCUAUCUCUCGGUGUUCCAAAAAGCAAAUUGUAGUAGCAUUGUCAUCCUGUGAAGCAGAAUACAUAGCUUCUGCAGAAACAGCCUGCCUACGUGUCCAUAUUCUAUUGGCCGUUCAUCACCUUUCUAUUGAAACCUUGUCUCACACGGGAACUGUGCAUGAUGCAGUAGGGGCAUGCAGUAGGGGCAUCAAGAUUGUGGAGCAAAGUCCGUGUGGUUUCGUUGCUGCUGGAACAGAUGAAGAUAUGAGGAGUUCGCACUUGAAGAGGCAGGAAAAAAGCGAUGCCCACGUCGACGAAGAUAGAAGCAAAAAGAGCCCAUGUUUGGACAAACAUGUUCUGCUGUUUCCACCUGCCUCUGAAUCAACUAGCGCUAUAGGGGCAUGGGAGCAUUUUAAAGUGGGUCUAUUUCAUGAAAUUGAUCACACCAGGCUCUCACCAAUAUCCCCAGUGCAACUAAAAUCUGUUCGCAUUGUAAUGGUCAGUGACAUAGGGGUGCACCUGGUGUCGCUAAGGUACCCAAGCCUCCAAUCACUUCGCAUGCACUUCAGCGACCAAAACUUUGGGAAACAAGACGGGAAGACGAUCCCUGCGCUCGACGAGAAAUACGUGAUGGGGAUGGACUUCGCCAUCAAAGCGCUUUCCAGAAGCAUCCCAACUGAGGAAUUUGCACAAAGAAGAAACUCUUGGAGCUUCUGGGUCUCUCCUUCUAAAGAAAACACCCAAGACGCCGAGAAUCCAGCUCUCACUGACGCCGCAAGGAGCCUCAUUUCCAAGCAGGGUUCUUGCUGGACUCAGCUCAAGUCCACAGGGAUGAUGCAGUGGGGAAAACGCCGGCAAGUUCGGUUCUUGGGCCGCCAUGAAGAGGCAAAGGUUCAAUCUUUACCGGAACCACGUAAGGGAAAGAUGGCCAGCGUUGAACUCAGAGAAGGAACUAGUGAGAAGAAAAGGAAGAAAGGCGAAGAGGAAAUGGAGGCUACCAAGGAAGAGUCUUUCGGGGAUAUGAGGAUGACGCGUCAAUGUAGGCAAAGUCAUCAAAACGUGAGUAGCAGUGGAGUUAAAAAAUCUAAGAAAGCAAAGAAUGAUCCCAAGAAGCAACAACUCGUGCUUUACAACAAAAACAAGCGGAAAAUCUCUAUUGGAAGAUGGUCUGCUGAGAGGUAUAUAAUUAGUUUUAGUUUUAGUUUUAUCCAAAUGAUAGUAUUGUAUAUGAUGGCAGAGGAGAACAUGUUAAAGGUUAUGAAAGAAAAAAGAGCUGCGUAUGGGAACCCAAUAUUGAGGCCAGAUUUAAGAUCAGAAGCACGAAAGUAUAUUGGUGAUACGGGUCUGCUCGAUCAUUUGCUGAAGCACAUGGCUGGAAAAGUGGCACCAGGAGGAGCUGAGAGAUUCCGACGGCGUCACAAUGCUGAGGGCGCAAUGGAAUACUGGUUAGAGAGUGCUGAUCUUGUUGAAAUGAGGAAGGAAGCAGGGGUACAAGACCCUUAUUGGACUCCUUCCCCAGGAUGGAAGCUUGGGGACAGCAUUUCACAAGAUUACGUUACUGGUAGUGAACUAAGAGAGAUCAAAGAAGAAAUACUCAAGCUGAAACAAGAUAUGCGAGAGCUCGCAAUGAAGAAGGGAGAGGAGGUAUUGGCCAUUGAGACUACUCCUAGCUCAUGUUUGUCCAGUCUGAAUUCGGAAGACUAUGGUUCCUUAGCUCCAAAGGAGGAGAUUUAUGCGGAGUUGGUGAGUAAGAAGGCUAAAAUAGAGGAACAAUUGAAGGAAAUUUCAGUGACUCUGAGUUGUAUGGAGGUAAUGUAA